AUGAUUUCCAAGCAUUUGACCAUAAGUUUAUCCAUUUUGAUUGUAACUGUAAUUGUAGAAGGCUUAAACAACAACCAAACCUUCUAUGGCACCUGCAAUCGUUCAUUCAGUUGUGGAGAUAUCUCAGGCUUUGGAUACCCUUUUCGGCGAGGCCAAGAUCCUGUAUAUUGUGGUUAUCCUGGUUUUGAACUAAACUGUGAGGAACAGAGUCCACCUACCAUCAAUAUUAUGAACCUUACUUACCAUGUUCUGGAAAUUGAUCCAGCGGGCCAGAUUCUGAAGAUUGUUCGAGAAGAUAUGACCGAUCUAGCCUGUUCACAGAAUCCAGUCAACACUACUGUUGAUUACAAUCUUUUUAGUUACACCUCAAACUAUAAGAACAUCAGUUUACUCUAUGGAUGCUCAAGUUCUUACAAAAUGCCUAUUAUUGGCAUAAUUUCUUGUGUAAAUAAUGGAGGUAGUCCUGUUGUUCUAGUGCCUGGGGUACAGUCCCCUGAGAGUUGCAAAUCUAGUAUCGUAGUGCCAUUCCCAGUUGAGUUCGCAGAGUUCAUGGAACCAACUGAACUAGGUCUUGUUCUCCAGAAGGGGUUCGAGGUCAAAUGGAAGGUGGGAUCCGGGCCUUGCAAUGCUUGCACACAGUCAGGUGGCGACUGCCUGUACAAUAAUGAUACACUUCUAACCACAUGUGCAUGCCGUGAAUCGCCACUUUUGGCCGAUAGCUGCUCUACGACUCGUGUCAGUUCACCAUCAGGUAUGCAACUUUUAAAAUGUGUCAGUUCUUGGUAUUUUCCAGUAGCCAUAUAG